GCUCUCAGUCUGCAGCUCGGAUCAGAUUUUCACACAAAGCUUGACGCUGCCGAGAGAGAGAGAGACGACCGGGCGAGCGAUUUGAGUGUUUUUACAGAGUGACACUGGAAUGAAAGAAGGAGAAAAGUCUGCAGAGGAGGAGAAGCAGAAGCAGAAACAGAAGCAGGAGGAGCAGGAGGACGAGGAGUUGGAUCAGGAGGAGAGCUGAAGGAGUAAAGCGUCUUGAGUUUUUUUUGAGCUGAGUGUGCACAUUCUGGAUCUCGGCUGCUUCAGGAGGAAAGUUUGGGUUCGAUGAAACGUGGCGGACUCUGGAUCAGUUUGAGUCCGGCAGGAGGAACCCUUCAGGACCUUCUGACCUGAGAUCAGCGUGACCUCGUGUUUCAUCUUUUUGAAUCAUGUGAGGCCGACUCUGCUGACGGACGGAGUGAUGGAGAGAGAGGGAUGGGUGAGGAGGGGGGAGGACUGACUCUUGAGUGAACUUUGACCUGCUGAUGAACCCUGAUUUCAAAACUUUCACAAUAAGAGCGUCAGAGGAACACGACGAUGGACUGACACGGGGUGUGCUGUGGUGUAGUGUACCUGUGCAGGUGAGGGGAUGCAGCUGAACCGACCUCGCAGCUCCCUGCUCGGGUUCAGCCUCCCCCCUCCUCCUCCUCCUCCUCCCCCCCCUCCUUCCUCCUUCUCCAGUCAGUUCAGCACCCUGAGGUUCUCCUACCACCUCAGCCCCCCCACUCCACCGCAGCAACGCAGCGCCCCCCACAGGACAGGUCCCUCCUCCUCCAGUCCCAGUUUGCUGACUAAGAGUCUCUCUCUGGAGCCGUCCUGCUCGCCUUGUGGCCACAAGGUGGCGCUGGAUGCCGACACCCCCCAACAAGCGCUCUCCGACCCGGGGCCCAGCUCCUACUCCUCAGGCCCCGCCUCCCCGGACGGAGAGGCUGAACUAACAGAGCGCCGCAGCUCUGCCGGCGGGCUGCUCCUGGUGAACGACACGGGGCCGCCGGAACGACCCGCUACCACGAUAACGCCACCGAGCAAGAGAGUGCCGCUGCCAGGGCCGAAGCCACAGGUCCCACCGAAGCCCCCCCACCUCCAGCAGCAGGCGGGGGUGUCCAGGCCACGCCCACGGGCACCUGAGAAGCCCCUCCCCCCUACCCCGCCAUGCAGACCCCUACCAGCUGAUCCCCGGGGAGGACGGAGUCCCCCCAACCGCGCUGAUGGCACCGCCUCCCCCUCCUGCGUCCUGUCACUAAUCGAGAAGUUUGAACGGGAGCAGAUCAUCAUGGUUCCUGACAUCACCGGGGGAGCUUUGUGUCCCCGCCUCCCUGAACUCCCGUCCUCCCGACCUUCAUCUCCUCCAUCAUCAUCAUCAUCAGCAGCAGCAGCCCCUCCCCCACCCGCUGAGGAGCCGCCGUCUGAGCCCCCGUGUCAUGAUGACAUCACAGUGAAGGGUGGCAGCGGCGAGGAGGGCGACCUACAUCCAAAUGAGGAUGACGAGGAUCAUAACGAUGAAGAUGACGAUGACAGCGACGACGAUGAAGAGCUGGCGGCUGCGUGCCGCGACGACCUCCAUCAGAAGCGCCUCUCCAUGGAGUCGGGUUACAGCGCCUCGGAGAAACACCUUGAGGACGACGUGGUUGCCGUGGAGAUGAGGGAGCAACAGCAGCCGCCGCAGCCGCUCGACCAAUCGGAGAUCCCCUCCGAGCGUCUGUCCCUCCCCUCCUCGCAGACGGACGGGAAGCUGGCCAAUCGGGACAGCGGAAUCGACAGCAUCAGCUCCCCGUCGCACAGUGAGGAACUCUGCUUUGCCGGCGUGGAGGACGGGGGCGUGGUCUACCCCUGCAGCCCCGCCCUCCUGCCCCGUCUCUCCAGCUCGUCCUCGUACGCGGGGGAGGGAGGCGAGGGGGAGGAGGGAGGAGAGGGGAGGGGCGGAGCCAGAAGGAGGAGGGACUUCUCUGAGGAGGGAGAUAGUGAUCUGGAGGAGGAGGAGGCGGAGCUUACGCUGGUGUUGCCGCCCCCGAAAACAGAGAGACAGGACUCAGUGGAGCUCUCCGUCCAGCAGAGAGUGUUCAACAUCGCCAACGAGCUGCUGCAGACAGAGACCGCCUACGUCUCCAAGCUCCACCUCCUCGACCAGGUGUUCUGUGGUCGACUCCUGGAGGAGGCGCGGUGUCGCUCCUCGUUCCCGUGUGACGUCGUUCAAGGAAUCUUCUCCAACAUCUGCUCGAUCUACGCUUUCCACCAACAGUUCCUGCUGCCCGCACUCCAGAAACGCAUGGACGAGUGGGAGGUGAACCCUCGUAUCGGGGACAUCCUGCAGAAGUUGGCGCCCUUCCUGAAGAUGUACGGCGAGUACGUGAAGAACUUCGACCACGCCAUGGAGCUGCUGAACACCUGGGGUCAGAGGUCAGCGCCGUUCAAGAGCAUCAUCCAGGAGAUCCAGAGGGAGGAGCGCUGUGGGAACUUGACUCUGCAGCAUCACAUGUUGGAGCCGGUCCAGAGGAUUCCUCGCUACGAGCUGCUGCUCAAAGAUUACCUGCACCGUCUGCCGGAGGACGCACCUGACUACAGGGACGCCCUAAAGUCUCUGGAACUCAUCGCCACAGCAGCAGAACACUCCAACGCUGCCAUCAAGAAGAUGGAGCGGAUGAGGAAGUUGUUGAAGGUGUACGAGUUGUUGGGCGGAGAAGAAGACAUCGUUAACCCGACAAACGAGCUCAUCAAAGAGGGACACAUCCUGAAACUGUCCAAUAAGAACGGGACCACACAGGACCGCUACCUCAUCCUGUUUAACGACAGGUUGCUGUACUGCGUCCCAAAGCUGCGUCUGAUUGGUCAGAAGUACGGCGUCCGCGCUCGCAUCGACGUGGACGGUAUGGAGCUGAAGGAGACGAGCAGCGCGGCGGUCUCCAGGACGUUCCUGGUGUGCGGUAAACAGAGAUCCUUGGAGCUGCAGGCCAGGACGGAGGAGGAGAAGAGAGACUGGAUCCAGGCCAUCCAGGCCACCGUACAGAGACACGAGCAGACGAUGGAGAGCUUCAGACAUCUCACCUGUUCACUGAGAGACGACGAGUCCACGCCUCCUCACUCACCGAGCUGUGUGGAGUUGGGUAAACGAGCUCCGACUCCGAUCAGAGAGAAAGAAGUCACUCUGUGUAUGAAGUGUCAGGAGCCGUUCAACUCCAUCACCAAGAGACGUCACCACUGUAAAGCCUGCGGACAUGUGGUUUGUGGGAAAUGUUCAGAGUUUCGCGCUCGUCUGUCGUACGACAACAACCGAACCAACCGCGUCUGUGUCGACUGCUACGCCAUGCUGGUGGGGGCGUCGCCCUCGCCCACCGUACUGACCAGCAUCUCCACCAGGAGACGCUCCAUCCUGGAAAAACAAGCCUCCCUGGCAGCAGAGAACAGUGUGAUUUGUAGUUUUCUUCACCACAUGGAGAAGGGAGGGGGGCGGGGCUGGCAGAAGGCGUGGUUCGUCAUCCCUGAAAACGAGCCGCUCGUUCUCUACAUCUACGGAGCUCCACAGGACGUGAAGGCGCAGCGCAGCGUUCCUCUGAUCGGCUUCGAGGUCUCUCUUCCCGAGUCAUGUGACCGCCUGGAGCGACGCCACGCCUUCAAGAUCUCCCAGAGUCACCUGACCCUGUACUUCAGCGCCGACGGGGAGGAGCUACAGCGACGGUGGAUGGACGUCCUGUCCAGGGCCGGGAAGGGGGAGGAGCCUCAGAUCCACAGGCCAAUCGUGGAGAGUGUGGAGGAGGAGGGGGAGGAGCUAACAGCUGAAGCAGAGGGGGAGAAAACAUGAUUUAUUGGACGAGAGAAAAUGAAGAAGGCGGGUCAAAUAAUGAAGAAAAAAGGAAACAAGUUUAGACAACACACACACACGCACGCACACAAACACACACAGACACACACACACAUGCACGCACACACACACGCACUGAGCUCUGCAUGAUUCCUCCCCAUGGGCGACACACGACGGCAUCUCUCUGUCUCUCACCUUUUUUUGUGUACCUGUGAGGAGGGCGGAGCCUUUUUAUUCUCACAGAAGAAGUCCUCAAAAACCUGACACUCUGUUGAUACACAACAGCACCCAUAAGCCUCAGCUCUGUUACCAUGGCAACACCUCUGUCACAACUGUGACAUCAUCAUGUGGGGGGAAAAAAACUGAUCCAAACAUUGAAAAAAGAGGAUUUUAUCUUUUUUUUUUAGAAACAGCAGCGUGAGGCUCUCUGAUUGGACGGUUAUCAGACAUGAAGCACGUUAAAGUUCCUCGCUCUCUGACGUCAUGAUGCAUUCAUGUGUCUGUGAACGGCGACGCCGGGAGGUGACUCCUCCCCCUUCAUUACUUUCUAAAGGGAGCUGUUCAGAAAACGUCCUGGAACAUUUUUAUAUCACAGUUUAAACUCCCGCUCUGUGUGUGUGUGUGUGUGUGUGUGUGUGUGUGUGUGUGUGUGUGUGUGUGUGUGUGUGUGUGUGUGUGUGUCAGCAGCUCUGUGUGAGUUCAAACUUCAGGUGUUUCACCAGCUGAGAAAGCUCCUACAGUAGGAGGUGUGACGUCGUCUGUAAAAUCCGGUUGUCAUGGUGAUGGUUUAGAAAGGAUGAUGACUUUGUUUUACUCCUGCUCACUGAUUGGUCACAUCGGGUUCAAACCCUAAUCUCUGACACAAUGUUUAAGUUAGU